UCAUACACAUUUUCUCUUCCACAGGUUGGGGUAUAAAUACUUGUGUGGCGUUUGUUUGACGUGACACUCCCCCCUUGUCGAUAUGAAGCGGACGUCACCCUGCCAGCGGAGGAGUGGAUGGCCUCUGUAAUAAAAACACAUGAAGAGAAUUGAGGAAAAGGAGAAGAUUGGCCGGGGGAAAAGGCAACAACACGCCGUUUUUUUCCUUUCUUCUCACCCUUCUGGUGUGCCGUGGACGUGAACGCCUCUUAAGACAAACAGGGAUAUAUUCUGGUCGCGGCAUCGACAGCUCCGGCUGAAAUGCCAUGUUAUGUGUGGCUUUCAUGGUUUUUUUGAGCAGACAGCGAGAGAUAACUGUACUGUAUCCCAGCCUAGCGGAUUGGAGUGAAAGUCCGCCAUAUUCUGCUUUACCACGCCCGGGAGUGGAGCCAUUGGAAAAUAAACGGACAGCUUUAUUCAUGUGUUUUCCCCGUUGCUCUCACCCACGGACGAUUACUUGAACACAGGCGAUUGUGUUGAUUGAAAAAUAACAACAUUGACGACUUUGGAGAGAGGGUGGCAGGGCACGGAGGGCAAUGCUUAACGAGAUCACAACGAGCAGUAUUGAGGAUGUGUCUUAAAAGGAUCUGUUGAUCAUAUUGAGAAGGAAAAGCAGAAUACACCAAUUAAUAUUGUACAGAUAUUCAACCCUGCUUUGGACACUAUUUUGAAGCUCACGGGAAGCCCAGAAAGCAAACCGAAACGGGGGAAUGGUGGGUCAAUAAUUUCUAAACUAUAACAAUUUCCUUUUCACCACAAACUGUGCGCUUUUUGGGCUCAUUAUAAAGGGCGUCCACGCUUUUUUACCCACACGUAGGGGAUCACAGGCCUCUGCUUUUUUAUUUUUUACCCCACCGAAUUCAAAAUCUGAAUGAAUCAGUAAGAGGGAAAAGUGCGUGUUUGAAAAAAGGAGAGAGAAUGACCCUGGAAUCCAUAAUGGCGUGUUGCCUCAGCGAGGAGGCGAAGGAAGCCAGGCGGAUCAACGACGAGAUCGAGAGGCAGCUCCGCCGGGACAAGAGGGACGCACGCCGGGAGCUGAAACUGUUGCUUCUCGGCACUGGGGAAAGUGGGAAGAGCACAUUCAUCAAACAGAUGAGGAUUAUCCACGGCACCGGGUACUCUGAUGAAGACAAAAGGGGUUUUACCAAACUGGUCUAUCAGAACAUAUUCACAGCCAUGCAGGCCAUGAUCCGAGCCUCAGAGACACUCAAGGUGCCCUACAAAUACGAGGCCAACAAGGGCAAUGCCAACCUUGUGAGAGAGGUGGACGUAGAAAAGAUCACCAUGUUCGACAAUCCCUAUGUAGAUGCAAUCAAAAGCUUAUGGAAUGACCCAGGCAUCCAGGAGUGCUACGAUCGAAGGAGGGAAUACCAACUCUCAGACUCCACUAAAUAUUACCUGAACGCGGUCGACCGGAUUUCACUGCCAUCCUACCUUCCAACCCAGCAGGAUGUGUUGAGGGUUCGAGUCCCAACCACGGGAAUCAUAGAAUACCCGUUUGACCUGCAGAGUGUCAUAUUCAGGAUGGUGGAUGUGGGAGGUCAGAGGUCGGAGAGGAGGAAGUGGAUCCACUGCUUUGAGAACGUCACAUCCAUCAUGUUCCUGGUGGCCCUCAGCGAGUACGACCAAGUGUUGGUGGAAUCAGACAAUGAGAACCGGAUGGAGGAGAGUAAAGCUCUGUUUAGGACAAUAAUCACGUACCCCUGGUUCCAAAACUCCUCGGUCAUUCUGUUCCUCAACAAGAAGGAUCUGUUGGAGGAGAAGAUCAUGUACUCCCAUCUGGUUGACUACUUCCCAGAGUAUGACGGUCCCCAGAGGGAUGCCCAAGCAGGACGGGAGUUUAUCCUCAAGAUGUUUGUGGACCUGAAUCCAGACAGCGAUAAAAUCAUCUACUCACACUUCACCUGUGCCACUGACACAGAGAACAUCCGCUUCGUCUUUGCCGCCGUCAAAGAUACAAUCCUGCAGCUCAACCUGAAGGAGUACAACCUGGUGUAGAGCAGGGCUGUCAGCGGGAGGCCCUCGCCACACUCUGACUGAGGCAAUCUGUAAAAAGAUAGAUCAUAUACACGCACGAGAAGAAAAUCUGAGAAAUAUAAUGGUUGCAUAAUACUAAUUUAUUUGCCAUUUGUUGAUCUCUUGGUCCCCAAGGUUAGCAAAGUUAAUGUUAUCUUGCUAUUAAACGAGUUGAUGAAAUGUAUAGAGCAGGAGGGGGGCAAGACAUUCAGAAGGGUUUGCGGGGAUAUGCUGUUGAAUGUUAACAGCAAAGAUCUUCAUUUUUAGGCUUUGCGCAUUGUGAAUUUUAGUUUUGAUCUUUGACCUAAAGAAAGAAACUACUUUAUGCACUCAAGGUUGUUUUUGUCUGUCAGUUUGAUACAUCAGAGCUGGAGCAAAUGCAAUUCGCUCCCUGCCUCCUGCCUUUUUAUAACCAAAAAGAAGAAUUCAUUCCUUUCCCGUUUGUUAAAUCCGAAGCUUGGUUCUGACCUGUCAAACUGGAAAAGAUGCAACAGAUCUGUAACUGCAGCUUUCAUUUUCCUGCACAGGAUUGAUUGGCAAGUCUCUCGAUAAGUAGGCAUAAACUGUGAUUUAUUUUAUUUUAUUCUAUAUUGAUUUGGUAUUGAUGACUUAUAUAAUUAUUAUUUUUAAUACAUUGCAUUGACUUUGUUACAAUCCAAUGAGUACAUUUAAAGGGGAUAUAGCCCGAGUCUUGAGAGUCACAGGCUUUAAAAAAAACUUCUGAGCUUUGAGCAAGGAGAUCAGGAGGUACACCUGCUUCGCACACAUGGGAGUCAGGGACGUGAUUAUUUAUGAGACAAUGUUGUUAAUUGAUUAUGUUAAACUGUGCCACAUUAACGCUUUUUAUUAUGGGAAUCUGUGUAUUUAUUGCCAAUGUCAAAACAAUUCAAGAACUAGACUCCACUUUGUGAUGUUUACUACUUAGACGAAAUGAAAAGUGUUGAGGACCGGAACAAGAAGUGUUAAUGAACGCAGACUUUACCGACUGACCUAUUGAUUGAUCGAUCGACUGAUUCCUGCAAUUAAUAUUCCACACAAUCAAUGGUACAGCCCCCCCCCCUCCCCUUACCCAUCCUUGAGCUGUCCAAUCUCAACCCAAUGCAAACCCCUUCUCCUAGCAUACUCAUUAUCCUGUCACAUUUAAGCUAUGUCUUUAUACUUGCGCAUCACAACCCGGCUGUCCUGACUGUUGUAGUUCAAUAGCAGUGAAGCUGAUUUCUAUAUAAAAGGGCAUAGUGUUGAUGAUCAGUUUACCAAAGUAAGCCCUUCUUCCUUCUGAUUUGCAAUUUUUUUUCUUUCCCAAGCUACUUUAAGUAUUUUUUGUAACAAUUCCCCAGAACAUAAGCCUAUUAUUUACAUUUAUUGAGGCAUAGUGCAAUUAUGAAUACUAUAAUCACUGUAAAUACAUCUCUCUCUCUCUCUCUCUCUCUCUCUCUCUCUCUCUCUC